GAGAGCAGGGACAGCAUUUAUGUCAUCUUUCCAGUCCCAGCCGCGAGCACAGGAUCUACUACUCAGCAGGCGCAGGGCCAGGACACCGGGGCUCAAAUUCCAGCUCUGCCACCUACCGCCUGUAUAAACCUCAGAAAAGGUGCAGUGAUGACCAUAAUGGCAACUGGAGGUCCUGAGACCUUCCAGUGGACCAGGCCACACAAGACUUCUGAGAGUGGUAAGCUGGUGUCUCCCAAGUGGAAGAAUUUCAAAGGUCUCAAGCUACUCUGCCGAGACAAGAUCCGCCUCAACAACGCCAUCUGGAGAGCCUGGUAUAUCCAGUACGUGGAGAGGAGGAAGAGCCCCGUGUGUGGCUUUGUGACCCCCCUGCAGGGGCCUGAGGCUGACGCGCAUCGGAAACCGGAGGCUGUGGUCCUGGAAGGAAAUUACUGGAAGCGGCGCAUCGAGGUGGUGAUGCGCGAGUACCACAAGUGGCGCAUCUACUACAAGAAACGGCUCCGUAAGUCCAGCAGGGAAGGGGACCUCCUGGCCCCAAAGCAGGUGGAAGGGGGAUGGCAGCCACCAGAGCGAUGGUGCGAGCAGCUCUUCUCCAGCGUGGUGCCUGUGCUGCUGGGGGGCCCAGAGGAGGACCCCGGUGGGCGGCAGCUUCUGGACCUCGAUUGCUUUUUGUCCGACAUCUCUGACACGCUCUUCACCAUGACUCAGCCCAGCCCCACACCCCUGCAGCUGCCCCCCGAGGACGCCUACGUUGGCAACGCUGACAUGAUCCAGCCGGAGCUGACACCUCUGCAGCCCAGCCUGGACGACUUUAUGGAGAUCUCAGAUUUCUUCACCAACUACCGCCCCUCUCAGACAGCCACGCCUUCAAACUUCCUGGAGCCCCCCAGCUUCAGUCCCAUGGCGGACUCCCUUUUCAGCAGUGGGAUCCUGGGCUCAGAGGUGCCCCCCGCCUCCUCGGGCAUGACCCACCUCUCAGGGCAUAACCACCAGCAGGCUCGGAGCAGCUGCCCUGGCUCCCUGGACUCCAGUGUCUUCCUGAGCUCUGACUUCCUCCUUUCUGAAGACCCCAAGCCUAAACUCCCUCCCUGUCCCACACCCCCACCCCUCCUCCAAUACCCUGCCCCUGCCAAAGGGCCUGGCCUGGAGCCCUGUCCCCUACCCCUCUUCCCUUCCAUGGCUCCGCCCCCUGCUAUGCUGCAAGAAGAGCCUCUCUUCUCUCCCAGAUUCUCCUUCCCAACAAUCCCCCCUGCGUCAGGAGUGUCCCCUCUGCCUGCUCCCACAACCUUCUCACCUACCCCACAGUCUGGCACAGGCCCUGCCCCCACCCACUUCCCCAUGGACCUUCUAUCCUCGGGGUGUCCAGAACCCCCCUUUGGGCCUCACUUCACAAUGCCCCAAGGUGUGCAGCCCAGAGGCAAGCCCCCUACCCCAUCCCCUAGGGAGCGGAAGCCCAGCCCUCGGACCUUGGCCCCUGCCAUUGCUGGGGGCAACAAUUCCUGCCUCACACAGCUCCUCACAGCAGCCAAGCCUGAGCAAGCCCUGGAGCCACCUCUUGUAUCCAACACCCUCCUGCGGCCCCCAAAAUCCCGGGAGACGGUCCCUGAAUUCCCCUGCACCUUCUUUCCCCCGACUCCGGCCCCCACACCACCCCGGCCAUCUCUGGGCCCGGCCACACUGGCCCCUCCCAGGCCCCUGAUUGUCCCCAAAGUAGAGCGGCUGUCACCCCCAGCACCCAGCGGUGGUGAGAGGCGGCUGUCUGGGGAGCUUAACUCCAUGCCGGGCCCAGGGACUAUGAGUGUCCGAGUCUCUCCGCCUCAGCCCAUUCUAAGCCGGGGUCGUCCAGACAAGACUGAAAACCGACGCAUCACACACAUAUCUGCGGAGCAGAAGCGGCGCUUCAAUAUCAAGUUGGGGUUUGACACCCUGCAUGGGCUGGUGAGCACGCUGAGCACCCAGCCCAGCCUCAAGGUGAGCAAAGCAACGACACUGCAGAAGACGGCCGAGUACAUCACCAUGCUGCAGCAGGAGCGGGCGGCCUUGCAGGAGGAGGCCCAGCAGCUACGGGACCAGAUUGAGGAGCUCAAUGCUGCCAUUAACCUAUGCCAGCAGCAGCUGCCAGCCACUGGGGUGCCCAUCACACACCAGCGUUUCGACCAGAUGCGAGACAUGUUUGAUGACUAUGUCCGGGCCCGCACACUGCACAACUGGAAGUUCUGGGUAUUCAGCAUCCUCAUCCGGCCUCUGUUUGAGUCCUUCAACGGGAUGGUGUCCACGGCAAGCUUGCAGAGCCUCCGUCAGACCUCGUUGGCCUGGCUGGACCAGUACUGCUCCCUGCCUGCUCUCCGGCCAACUGUCCUGAACUCUCUCCGCCAGCUGAGCACAUCUACCAGUAUCCUGACGGACCCAGGCUGUAUACCUGAGCAAGCCACACGGGCAGUCACAGAGGGCAGACCGUUAUAGUGCUGACCAGACCCUGCCAUUCACUCAGCUGCCAUGGGGACUACUUUCCCUGGACGUGGGCUCCAGACACAACUCCUGGGCACUCCCUUCCUGCCCCAGGCCCUGCUUGUCCCCUUUCCUGAGAGUUAAGCAGGACCUUAGCCUCUUCCCACCUCCUGGAAGUCAGAAAACACUGAGUUCCAGUGUCUGCUCUGCCAGUGACUACACUGUGACCUAGGGGACUCAUACUCCAUCUGUGGACCUCCAUUUUCCAGUCUGCAAAAUGGGGGUGAGGAAGCUUCAACCAGAUGAUGAUCCCAAGGCCUGAGCAGCUGUGACAUUUGGGGCCUAAACUGGCAACUCAAGGAACUUAAAGGAGAAAAUGGGAAGAUCCUAUUCCUCUGUCACUCCCACCUGCUCCCCAACAGGUAGAGCACAUGCCUCUGCUUCUGAGCAGAGAAGCAGAAAAGGGGGUUCUCUCUGUUCCUUCACUGGUAACCUGGGGGCGCUGCAGGAUAGCAUCCCUGGGUGGAUGAAGCCUAGAAGUUCUGGUAUCAGAAGAGCACACAGCAGGGCGGGUGGCCAAGCCAAGCCU